CUCGAUGUCUCCACUUUACCACAAUAUUUUGUUGGUCUCCUUGUAGUUUCUGUGCUGCAGGAGCUGUUGAUGUGUCCAUGUUGAGUUGAGUGUUGACCGUUCCAUUUCGUCCUUGCUAGCUGGAUAUCUACGUCAUCGUCUUCUAUAUAGAUGGGAGGGAUUGUUUCCACUUCUCCUGAUACAACUACUUCUGUAGUUCCACUAUUGCUUUCUGAAGGAUUAAUUUCACUUCUGUCUUCAUUUUUCCCGUAUUAUCCUCCUAAUAUGAUGAUAUUCCAGUUCUUGACAUAACUACAGCUGUUGGAUGACUUGUAUACAUCCCUUGGGUUUUUCAGCAAACUUGGAACUUUGAUCAUCUCAUCGGUUUCUGGGAUUUCAGGAUGAGGUGGAUCACAUCACUACAAUCUCCUCAAAAUUCUUACAAGUCUAGGUUUUCCCUUUUCAUAUACUUCUAUUUGCUUCAGCUAAUGCAGGAGAGAGUUUCUUACUUAUCUUGUAAGGUUCUCAACUUAAAUCACAGCUUCCAGUUCAGUGACAGAGAAACCGUCGGUUCAGCUGCAUAAUUAAAGACCUUGGUUCGGCUAGAAUAAAAUCAAGAAAAUGGUCUUUUUAUCUCAACGAAGCAAAAAUCAGGUUCUGGCAGGCCUGCUUAUUUUCGCCUCUAUCUACCUCAUUUCUCAUCUUUCGUAUACAUAUAUUGAUGAUGAGGUAAUCUCCCCUGUGUUCAACAAACAACUUGUAGAAACUAGUGUUUUGGAGACUCUCAAUAGUAUUGAAAUUACAGGAGAUCAGUUGCCUAGGAUAAAACCCUUUGCAUGUGUCAGGAGUGGUCCCUUUACCUUUAAACAAGUAAAGUUUAUCAUGUGUGUUAAACCUUUCGAGGUGGACACGUACAUUUCGAGGUCAAUAUACAACUCAGGAUCCUGGGAGAAAGCAAUGGUAGAAUUAGUGUUAAACUUGCUGGCAAAAUAUCAGAAUAUUACUCUCUUAGAUGUUGGUUCUAAUAUCGGCAUGUUUACUGUGGCGGCCGCAGCAGCGAACUUCAAGGUUGUUGCAGUGGACCCGUUUAAAACCAAUCUUGCUUAUGCCAGACUUAGUACGAUGCUUGAAGGAACUGAAAGCAAUGUGAGGUUUAUAGCUCAUACUGUUAGUGAUGAGAAAAUUAAACUUUAUCCAUGGAACCAAGCACCCAAUAAUGAAGGUGGGAUUUCAUUUUUAUCAGAGGCAGACUCCCAAACCAAACCGAAGCAUGAAAUUGGCGAAGGGGUGGAUUCUAUCAGAUUUAAUGAAAUUCUUGAAAUCCUGGAAACAGAUACUGCUAUUCUCAAAAUAGAUAUAGAGGGCGCUGAAUGUAAGGCUCUGCUAUCCUUCCUCCAGAGCGAGACUAAGUUGAAGCAUAUACCUUAUAUAUUAAUGGAGUGGGUUGGAAUCAGAAGAAACGUGAACGGAAUGUGCCCAAAUCUUGAGGAAAUUAUAAAGGGAUUUACAGCUAGUGGAUACCAACCUGCAAACAUGAAUCUACAGAAAUUGGGAUUAGAAACCGAGGCUACUUGGAACGAUGUCCUGUGGGUUCACCAAGAUGCUAAAUAGAAUCAACCAGAGCUGGGAACUGUUGUGUUGGAUCGCUUGAUCUCGAUAUCCACUGUGGGCACAUUUAAUUGGGAGAUCAACGCCUAAUCUCUUCAGAAAUAUUCUAUCAAUUUUGUGCAGUAGUUAAUCUGUACAAAAAAAAGGUUAAAAAGUAAAAAGCUCUCUCUAUAACUAAUAACUGUGCAACAAUACCUAAACUUUUAAAGCACACAGGGCUCCUGAUAAAUAAAUGUGUCCUUUCUUAAAACUUUUAUUUUCUAAAUAAUUUAUCUCUGUUACGCUUUAAGUUAUUUAAAAAAAUACUUUAUUAUUUAACUCUAAUUACAAUUAUAUUAAAAUAUCAAUUAUAUUUUAAUUGGCUAAACUCAAAUUUUUGCAGACGCAAAAUUUAUGCAUAUUUAAAACUCAAUUUUAAACUUAACUUCUCUACUGGGAAAUGAACUAACUUUAUUAAUUUUCAUUUUCAAUUGUACAACACAUAUUAAGUACAGAAAUCAACAGUUUUAGUACUGUAUGUACAUGUUUGAAACUAUUUAAAUCUGAAACUCAUAUUGUGAUUUUUUUUUUUAAUAAAAUAUGCUGAAUUGUUAAGCUUAACUAAACGCUCAACAGUUGUACCAAACUUUUUAUGAAACUAUUGUGUACUUUAUCAUUCAUGGUCACUUCAUGGUAAAUUUCAUUACGACAUGAUAAAAAGUAAUUAUUGGGCUAUAACGGUAAAUUUCUUUACGAUUUUAUUGGUUCCCAGAUUUUCUACAAUCAAAUAAUGUUUUGUUCAGCAGAAUAAUUUUUUCGAAAAAAAAAUUUGAAAUCAAUUUUUUUUCAUUUGUGCUUUGUUGCCAAGCUUAUCAUAUCAAGAAAUAACCAUUGCAUAGAGACAAGUACACAAACAUUUCAUAAAAUUAACUAUAAAACUAUUAUUUUUGCACGACGUGUAAGAAAGUUUUUCAGACAUAAAUGUUCUCUGCGUCUCGAAGAUUUCGAAUUUCGAGUCUUCAAACUUUCGAUCACACACAAUCCUAAAUAUAAUUUAUUUAAAUAUUAA